AUAUGUUUUAAGUGUCGACUCAAAGCUGUAUCCAAUGUGAAGGCAAUGUUCACACAAACUCUGCAAUCAUAUGCUUAUAAGCAAUACUUCACUCAUAGUUUCUCAAUGCAGACCAACAGCACUAUUAGAUCCAGUGAUUGCCGACUCUCUCUCUCUCUCUGUUAUAUAAGAGUAGCAUUUGAUCGAUACUUAGCCAACAAAUGCUCACAGCUUUUGGGCACUGAGUGUGACAUUCAGUCAGUUGUAUGUUAUAUUAAAUGUGAACAGAUAUAUGAAUAAAAUAGUUUUGACUCUAAAAAUAUAUAGAUAUAUAUGAAGUAUAUAUAUACGAAAGAUAACCAAAAACUAAAUACUUGAAUGAUUUAUCGGAUGACCAAAUCGUUUGCUUGCACUGAGAGGACAAUGACGAGUCACUUGUGUUGGCCGACAAGCUUUUCACCCAUUGUUUUACAACUUGUUUGCAAACUUAUUGUCGUGUUUGUAGUUGUCAUCUGUGGUGUCAAAUGUGAUCAAUUGUUGGAUACAAGAUUGAGGCACCAAAUGGUGGCCACACAUUCACACGCCGUCAUCAAACUGGACGGCGAUCUCAUAUUUGGCGGACUGUUUCCGAUGCACGACUCGGGAGAUGAGAUGUCUCUAUGCGGUGCUAUUAAAGAGGAGAAAGGCAUACAACGCUUAGAGGCUAUGCUUUAUGCCAUUGAUAUGAUUAAUGCCGACCACACACUACUGCCCAACCUUACYAUAGGUGGUCAUAUACUGGACACGUGUUCGCGUGACACGUUUGCAUUGGAGCAGACCAUGGAGUUUGUUAAAUCUAGUCUAACAACAGUCGACAGUCAAAUAAAUGACUACCAGUGCGCCGAUCACAGCAGUCCCCGAUAUAUACCGCGUAAACCAGUGGUUGGUGUGAUCGGUGCCUCUUCCAGUUCAGUGUCUGUUAUGGUCGCAAAUAUUCUCAGAUUAUUUCAGAUCCCGCAAAUAUCAUAUGCAUCGACCAGUGCUGACUUGAGUGAUAAGAGUCGGUUCGGUUAUUUUAGCCGAACUGUCCCACCGGACAACUUCCAGGCACAGGCUAUGGUCGACAUUGUAAAGCUGUUCAACUGGUCAUACGUGUCGACAAUUGCUACAGAAGGUGAUUACGGCGAGAAAGGUAUCGAACACUUCAAAAUAUUGGCCAAUCGGGAGGGCAUAUGUGUGGCCGAGUCGGCAAAAAUAUCACGUAAUGCCAAACACUCGGACUUCUUGAGAAUCAUUGAACAAUUGUCGAGUAAAGGCAACGCCAGAGUUGUUGUGCUAUUUGUCGACGAAGAUAAUUGUCGGCGACUUUUGAGCGCUUCUCAAGAAAUGGGAAGAGAGGGAUACUUUCUGUGGUUAGGAAGUGAUUCGUGGGGCAAAAAGAUACAUCCGGUCAAAGGUCAAGAGGAGUCUGCGGGCGGAGCUAUAACUAUACUACCGAAACGUAAACCAUUAAAAGGUUUUGACGAGUAUUUCAAGCGAUUGCGUCCCUCAACCAAUACCCGCAACCCGUGGUUUAUGCCUUUCUGGGAACAACACUUCAAUUGCACGUUUGCGUUGCACUCCCGACACAAUGAGUUUGAAACAAAACGACUUAAAAGAUGCACUGGUGAUGAAAAAUUGUCUAAAUAUGAACAGGAAGGGUUGGUACCUUUUGUUGUUGAUGCAGUCUAUGCCGUGGCAAACGCAAUACACAACUUAUUAAACGACCGGUGCGGACGACACAUACCUCACAAAGUCUGUCUCAAAGAUGUCAUCAAAGGUCCCGAUUUAUUGGCUUAUAUUCGUAACGUUUCGUUUAAAAGCCUUCAAGGGAACGGUAUGGUUGUUAAAUUCAAUGCCGACGGGGAUGCGCCGGGAAAUUAUGAUAUAUUUCAGUACCAGAGAGUUAACCGCCGGUCGCAUAGUAGACGCUCUCACGACUCAAAUCACGACAGCUCUGGCUAUGACUAUGUGGCUAUCGGGGAGUGGGCUAAUGAUAGAUUGACGUUUGAUUUAUCGCACUUCAAAUGGUAUACCCGAAUGCGGUACUACCGAAACUUAACCAACACGUGGGUCACUGAUCUGUCGGACACUGUGACGGUUCCCAUAUCUGCUUGUAGUCUUGCGUGUGCUGCGGGACAGUACAGACAAUACCACGAGUCCAACACGUGCUGCUGGCACUGUACGACGUGUUUUAUCGAUGAAUACGUUUAUAAUGAAACCUAUUGUAUGAAAUGUGCCAAAGGUUUUGUACCGAAUGAAGAUAAGUCCGGUUGUGUUAAAUUGCCAAUAGAUUACAUGAAAUGGGACAGUCCGUGGACUAUAGUUCCCGCAUCGUUUGCAUCCCUCGGCAUAUUUGCCACACUUUUCACAAUUGCCGUCUUUUUGCGUUUCAAUGAUACGCCAAUAAUCAUGGCCUCGGGUCGUGAACUUUGCUAUAUAUUACUGUCUGGUAUUAUGUUGUGUUAUGCCAUGAGUUUUGUUAUCCUAUCGAAACCGACACUCAUUACCUGUACGAUCACCCGAAUCGGUCUCAGCCUUGGCCUAUGUAUAUGCUAUUCGGCAAUACUAACCAAAACCAAUCGUAUAUCGCGUAUCUUCAACCGUGGCAUCAAAAAUGGUAUGAAAAGGCCAUCGUAUACGAGUCCGCGCUCGCAGAUUGUCAUUUGCAUGUGUUUAGUGACUGUCCAGUUAGUGUUUAUCAUUGCGUGGAUAAUCCGCGACCCGCCCAGCAUUAAGGAAGUCAUAUAUAAUCAGACAUUCAAGCCGUUUGCUGUCCUCCAGUGCGGUAUAUCGAGUGCAUCGAUGGGUGUAUCUCUGGUCUACAAUAAACUACUAAUUAUAAUGUGUACGACCUAUGCAUUCAAGACACGAAAAAUACCGGAAAAUUUUAAUGAAGCAAAAUAUAUAGGAUUUACUAUGUAUUCGACGUGUAUUGUUUGGCUCGCUUUCAUUCCCAUCUAUUUUGGCACUAAUAAUGACUUUAAAAUCCAAAUAGCGAGUCUCUGUAUGUGUCUAUCCAUCAGCGCAACAGUAGCCCUGGGCUGUCUGUUUGUGCCUAAACUGUAUAUAUGCUUAUUUCAAAGCUAUAAGAACGUGCGACACGUGCCGGGAAUCAAUACCCAACAGAGUAACUCCACGUCCGGUGUCCUACGGUUUGCACGACCCACGUGUUCGGCCAUUAUUGGCGCCACAGCAAUGGUCAGUGCACACCAUUGCGCACCAAUGAUUGUGAUACCAGAACCAUCAUCGGGUGAUAUGAAGACUACGUCGACAACAAACGGCGAGUGGACGUCACCCAGUGCUGAGGAAAGUGCUGAUGAAAAAGAGGAAAAAGAAAAAUAUAUUUAA